CAAAAAAAACCCUUCUCUUAAUCGCUCAAUUUGCUUAUUGACUGUUUUCGUCUCGUAAACUCACAGCUCUGUUGCCUUUACUCAUGGUUUCAACAUUUUGGUAGAACCCACGAGUGGGAUUUGCUUUCGACGUUAAUAUCCACUGCUUAGAUUCGUAUCAGAGAUGAAGUGACAUUAAUAGUUUGUGCCUAUAUAUAAGUGUCCGGUUGAAGAUUUGAGAUCAUUCAAACGCUGCUUUUACAGGAAAACGAGCCAUCUAUUCGCUGAUAUCGAGCACGUGAAAGAAAAACUGCAAGCGAGAGAAAUACAAGAAAAGUUUGGAGACGGGCAUCAAACGGUGCUUUUGAACUUUGCUGUUCUGAAGAACGCAGCCGAUUUGUGAAGUUAUUAUGAAGCUAAUAAUUUCACUUCUCAAGUCUUUGAUGCUGGUGCUUCUGCAAGGAGCGUUAACCGCUGGACAGACGAUAGUGCUGUCGCACGUCGCACAGUGUCAUAGUCAUGACGUCAUACUGGAGUGUCCGCACCAGUUCCCUCUUGAUAGUCACAGACUCGACUGGCUGGUCGAUCUACCAAAUGGUACGCGACACAGGCUGGCUGUCUUGUCGUAUGGAGAUGUGUUGAUCAAUCAGUUGCUGAAAGAUUCUGAUGCGUCGAGCUACCACAACAGGUUACAGCUGUUUGAAAAUGGUUCUUUACGUAUAGCCUCGCUACGGCCUUAUGACGAGACUACGUACCACUGCGUGGUGAUCAAGGCAUCUGGUCUACCUGUAAGAAAAAACAUCAUCAAGCUUAACGUCUCGUGUGAAGGAAAGAUUACUCAAUCUUCACACGAAGCUUGUACCGAAGACGCCAUUAUUUUGCCCUGUCCGGCCAAACACCGGACAAACCCUCGCCGGCUUACUGGCGUCCGGUGGUCGCAACAUAACGACGAUGGUACCUGGUCCCCUGUGGCGAUCGCUGACAAAUUUGGAAAUUCUAUAUAUGCGCCUCACAAGGCAUUGCAAGUCAGGCUCGAUAAGAACGGUUCGCUACUGCUGCGCGGAGGGAGGCCAGAGGGGAAAGAGCGAUACAAGUGCGAGGCAAUUAAAGGAGGCAUCAGAACUCCAGAAAGACACCUCGUCAUGUUAAGCAACAAAGUGUGCAACAGAAUAACGCCUACACUUAAAGUUAACACCUCACAUAGUAUGUUAAGGCCAUGUUUCGGGAGCGAGAUGACUGUCAGUUGCCCCGCCCUGGUGACGAACGUCGCUUCGUCCGUGCGACUUGUCAAGUGGCGGUCGUAUUCCCCUAGCGGAACCCCCAGGCUUCUCUUCCAUUUGCAAAAAGGUCCUGGGAUCCAGAAGUGGUUUCUGCGCGCGCACAAUGGCUCACAGAAUUCCCGCGUAAGACUUGGAUCUGGAGGUGAAUUGAUCGUAAAUGGAGUAACGGUAGAGGACCGCGGAAGGUUGGAAUGUGUGGUUAAGACCUCCCACCAUCACGAGCCAAUUAGACACAUUGUGGUCGUCCGUCCGGUAGUCUGUCCGACAACAACGAGUUCAGUGGACGCAUCCAUAGCACAACGUAAAAAACCUACAACUACAGCCCCGUUGGUACCACAGGCUGUUACAAUGGGAAGUGUACAAGUACCAACUCAAGACAAACGACGUUUUACUAAAGACAACCCACAAGUGUUUACUAUAGACAAUCUACAGCUGCCUACGGAGGGCAGCCACGUAGAGCAUAACACUCCAAAGACAAAGCUUCUGCCUGGUAUUCUGAUAAAAGCUCGUCCCACAUUGUACAGCAAGCCAACGCGCGUAACUACCACUACCUCUAAUACUGUCACGAUGACGGAAUCACAGGAGAGCGAGGGAUCAGUCGUUGACACAUUCGCGAGGAAUACGUCAAUUGAAUGCGGGGAGACUCUCCAUUCGCUAACCGGUCACGUCACCUCACCAAACUUCCCCAAUGGUUACCCUGGCAACCAUCACUGCCGCUGGACAAUCCGCGGGCCCAAACAUUCGAAAUACAGCGCCAUUCGUUUGACCUUGGUGAAGGUCAGUCUAGAAAGGGAGCAGGACUGCUUGUAUGAUUACUUAGCGUUCGAAGAUGAGCUUGGUAACCAGGUCGGAUGUCGGCACUGUGCUCUCAAGAAGCCUGGGACUAGUGUGCUAAUUAAGGGACGGAUCGUCGUUGUUGUUUUUCAUUCAGACGCUACGGUUAACAGCGCCGGGUUCCAUUUGACAUACACUGUUGUGUAGAGACUUAUAGGAUACUACAUUACUCGUUGGAGAAUGAGAUGAAUAAGACCCGCAUGGACUCGCCGUAGUUCUUGAGAGGACAGUGAUGGCUCAUGGGAUACUGGAUGAUGUAAUGCACAGCGGCCUACCAAGGAUUGGCUGAGGGGGGGGGGGGGGGGGAUGCGCAGUCAUUGGCAUCGCGUGAAAAAGGAUGGCAUUUGAAGAUUCCUUAAUAAGAAAUGACCCACUUCUUGGCCGCCAACGUGGGGGAGGGGGUGCGCGCGCACCUCCCUGUGUACGCGCCAGAUGCAGCCGUCAAUACAAAAAACGUACCGCGAAGAAUCAUGGGAAUCUACGAAUUCCGCACAGCAUAAGCUCGUGGGAGAACAUCUCAAGGUCAUGGAACUUGGAACAUGGAAUUAAUGUGGAAGCCUUGUAUUAUAAACAAAAAUUCCAAGCCACACUUGUUUAGUAUUAUGAAUUGAGCUUAUUAUUUAUUGUAAUUUAUGUAAAAAGGAUACUCUAAAACCGUUACGACCGGUUCGAGCGUUUUUAAUUUUGUACAAUAUUGGUUAACUCAUCGUGUAUAUAUGAGACAAAUAGGUUUUAAGCCUGCAAAUUGAGAAAAAUUAACAAUAAGCUCGCUAGAGCUUCGAAUUCAUUCCUUAUUGUGUCCUGCCGCGGUUGACGUCACUUCCUGUUGGAUUGAGGUGUGUUUGACCAGAAUUAGCUCUAGGGAUAUUCAAACUGCGUUUUCUGACGAAAGAGAAGUAUUAAAGAUAUCAGAGAAGAUAUAAAUUAUAUGCAGUAAAAUGCUGAAGAAAUGCUAAAAAUAAAUUCAUGAAGGAUUA